AUGGUACGCCACCCUCGAGUCGAUAGUCAAGAGACCACAAUUUCUCCCACGGGCGAGGUCGUCGACGAUCGGCCGUCGACCGAGCGGGAGAAGAAGCGAUGCCACUUAUAUUUGGUUGAGCCGAUGCAGAAAGAGGAUCCUAAGCCAAAGAAACCUAUUAGCACCCGAGGCCAGAUCAUAAAAACAGACCCGGAAAAGACGGAAGAUAACUAA